AUGUCGUUUGCCCUGGGAGCAACUAUUAUCUUUGUUCUAGCUACAUUCUACGCUGGGGUCGUCUUUCGUCUCUCUAAAUGGAAGCGUCCGCCUCUACCACCUGGUCCACCUGGAAAGCCGUUCAUUGGUAACUUGUGGGAUCUUUCAAGCCCAAAUCAGCAGGAGUGGGAGCACUUUUUCAAACUUAAGGAAAUAUAUGGGCCUAUCAGCUACAUGAAUGUUGGGGGGCACUCGCUUAUGAUGCUCAACGACGCUAAACUAGCUUUACAAUUAUUGGAAAAGCGCUCUAGUAUACACUCAUCGCGCCCAGCCCAUGCAUUUCUCGAUAUAGAGGCCGGAGCCAUUAUUCUGAAGAUUGCAUAUGGCUACACAAUCGAACCCCACAACGACGACCCCCUUGUUAAUCUAGCUGAUAAGGCAAUGCAAGGGUUUUCUAUUGCGUUUUCUUCAACAACAUGGGCAGUCAACUUUAUGCCAAUAUUGAAAAGCCUACCGACUUGGUUUCCUGGGGCAGGCUUUCUCAAACUAGCACAGGAGUUCAAAACUGAUGCGCAGGCACUUGCUGAGGUGCCACAUGAAUUUGUAACACAACAAAUGAAGAAUGGCUCUUUCAGCCCGUCUUUCCUGUCUGAAGUUCUCCAAAAACACCCCGUCGAGCCUGGAUCCAAAGAAGAAAUCAUUCUUAAAUGGUCGGCUGGGUCAAUGUAUGCCGGAGGAUCGGAUACAACUGUUUCCUCUAUCUCCUGCUUCUUCUUGGCCAUGGCUUUGUUCCCUGAGGCACAGAGCAAGGCCCAAGAGGAACUCGACUCGAUUAUCGGAAAUUGCCAGUUGCCUCAACUUGAGGAUCGAAAACAGCUUCCAUAUAUUGACGCGGUUGUUAAAGAAGUGCUUCGAUGGCACCCCGUUGUACCUGUCAACAUACCCCAUGUGUCAACACAGGAUGAUGUUUGCGAGGGAUUUCUCAUUCCAAAGGGGUCUUGGGUUAUAGCAAAUAUCUGGGGUAUGACUCAUGAUCCAAGCAUUUACGAGGAGCCGAUGUCCUUCAGACCGGAGCGCUUCCUGGACUCCCUGAACGGACAUCCGCCGGCACCAGAUCCGCACCGUUUAGUGUUUGGUUUUGGCCGCAGGGCCUGCCCAGGCCGUAUAUUGGCCGAUUCAAACAUUUUUCUCACCGUUGCCCAAUGCCUGGCUACAUUCAACAUUUCGAAGCCGGUAGAGAAUGGCAAGGUUCAAGAUAUUACCGCAGUAUUUAACCCAGGACUGAUCAGCCACCCCGCACCUUACAAAGUAUCUAUUUAUCCACGAAGCCCGAAGCAUCGAGCCCUUGUUGAAUCCUUAGAGACUCGUUAUCCAUGGGAAAACAGUGAUGCCGAUCUACUCGCGAGUGUAUCCAAGUCUUAA